GGGUCAGGAGUUCAGAGGCAGGGAGUUCCAUGUUCGAAGGCCUUGGAAGUGUACAUGUGUUUCAGAAGGUUUUUGAUAGGGUCCCCUGCAGGAAGCUAGUAAACAAAAUUAGAGAUUCAGGGUAUACACUAGCAUCAACUGAGAAUUGGUUAGAACUUGUAAUAUUUCCAUAUUUGCUGAAGACACAAAACAAUGUGAGAACUUAAACUGUGAGAAAGUUAAAAGGAGGCUUGGUGGACUUGGACAGGUUAAGUGAAUGGACAAGAAUGUUGCAGAUGGAAUAUGUGAAUAAGUAUUGUUAUCCAUUUCGGUAGGGGGAAAAAAAACAGAAAAACAAAGUAUUUGUCAAUGGUGAGAGAUUGGGAAUUGUUGAUGUCCCAAAAGAACCUAGGCUUCCUUUCUGAUGAGUCACUAACAAGUAGCAUGUAGGUGCAACAAUCAAUGAGGAAGGCAAAUGGUGUGCUGUUCUUAAUCACGAGGUGAUUUGAAUAAAGAAGUUUUGCGGUAAUUGUUUAAAGCCUUAGACUGCUGCUGGAUUAUUGCAUACAGUUUUGGUAUCCUGAUCUAAGAGAGGAUAUUCUAGUGUACAGGGAGUGCAACGGAGUUUCCCUAGUUUAAUCCCUGUUAUGGUGAGGUUCUUUUACGUGUAGAGAUUGAGGAAACUGGGCUUGUAUUCUGGACUUUUGAAGAAUGAGAGUUUAGUCAUUGAAGCUUACAAAUUCUUUCAAGGUAGGUGACAAGAUAGGUGAGACUUUUCUUCUGGCUGGUGGGUGGGGAUAGAACCAGGGGACAUCAUCUCAGAAUAAGGGGUAGGUCAUUUAAGACUGGCAUUUCAUAACUCGGGGCAGUAAAUCUUUUUAUUUCUGUACCCCAAGUGCUGAGGACACUCAGUCUUUGAAAAUUUCUGGAAACUAAUCAAGAUAUAUAGAGAGUGCGCAGGAAAAUGACAUUGAGGUAGAUCGUAGAUCAUAGAAUCCCUACAAUGUGGAAACAGACCAUUCGGCCCAACAAGCCCACGCCAUCCCUCCAAAUAUUCUACUGUCUCUCCUGAUCCUCGGGAGGAAUAGAAGAAUGUCACCAAACUAGUAAUCCAGAUCAGCAGGAUAAUACCCUGGGGAUCUUACAUUCAAAUCUUGAUCAACCAUGAUCUAAUUGAAUGGUGGAACAGGUUCAAGGCUGAAUGGCCUUUUCCUCUUCAUUUGGACGGAGAGUAUGAGGCAUGUGCAGGGGACAGGAAGGGAUCGUAAGUGAAUGGGUAAGGUUAGAAAUGGGCAUUAGUAAAGGGGAAUAGUUUGUGGAAGUAGAUGGGGGUAGAGGCAGCACUUGAUCUGGGAAUUGAAGUGGGCCACAUUGAGGAGAGAAGAUAACUAGAAGAUAGCUGGAUCUGAUGAGGAAUUAUGGCAACCAAGUGGACUGCAGGGGAUUUAUCUCCAGUGCUGUGCCUGGACGUUAACAGUGAAGGCCUUGUGGCAUCAGGGGCAGAGAAAGGAGCCCUUACAAUCUGGAACAGCCAAGGUGCUGUAAUCAGCCACUUGAACCUAGGAGAUGGUGACGAUGUCACGUGUGUGUCAUUCUCUCACAAUCGUUCUAACAUUCUGUACGCAUCUCACAGUAAAACAGUCAGUGUAUUAGACAUUCGGGCUUUUGAGGAACCCGCUGAUUGCUUCCAUGUGAACGAGGAUGAGAUAAACUGCUUGUCUGUUAAUGAAACAGGCAGCCAUCUUGCAGCUGCAGAUGAUUCUGGAUCAAUAAAAGUCAUAGAGUUGACAAGCAAGAAGGUCAGCCGCUCUUUACGGAGACAUUCAAAUAUUUGUUCCUGUGUGACCUUCCGACCUCAAAGGCCACAGAGUUUACUCUCCUGUGGAUUAGAUAUGCAGGUGAUGCUGUGGAACUUGCAGAAAACCCGCCCUCUUUGGACUGUGAACCUUCAGGACCUAGUGCAAGAAGAGAUGGAAGAAAUGCAGCAGGGAGCUGGGUGUCAGCUUUUCAAUCCACCACUGGCCCACUUCACAACAGUUGCCAGUUGUGGCAACAUAUUUGGCUGUGGGGCUGAAGAUGGCAAGAUACGGUUAUUCAGAGUGACGGGAACAAGGUUUGAGUUGGAAUAUGGGUUCCGUGGUCACAGUUUGGGUGUUUCUCAGGUUCAUUUUCUGAACUCUUUUUCUCACCCGUAUUGGCUGAUUUCUGGAGGGAAUGAUGCAAUUGUCAGACUGUGGGACGUCAGUGAGCAAAUCAUAACUGAUGUCAAAGUCCCUUUAAAAUCGUCUGGGAAAAAAUCAGUUGGCUCCACUUCUAAGAAAGGUCUUGGGGUUGGAAGAAGUGACCGUGAUGCAAAAACCUGUAAAGAAAAUAAAUCAAAUUCUAUUUUGCCAAAACUCAGUAUUGACCAUGGAGAAAAAGUGAACUGGAUUUCUGCUGUGGACAUGAAAGGCUCUGAGUGUGUACUAGUUGCUGAUCAAACUUGUCAGAUAUCAGUAUAUCCCCUCUCAGGCUUAUAGGUAAUGCAGUGUGUGAUCAUUUUCAGAAGAUAUUGUCUCAUCUUUAAUUGAAGAGCGAAUGUAAACCUAAAUUGUUAAGGGCUCUUAUGAUGUAAUGGUUUGUCUCUGUCUCUGGGCCAGAAGGCCUGGGUUCAAGUCUCUCCUGCUCCAGAAGUUUGUCAUGACAUGUCUGAACAGGUUUGGUUAAAAAUAUCUAAAACUAAAUCAGUGGAGUUCCAGCAGAGUUUGGGGAUGUUUUAGUUGAAACCCAGAUAUUCUUGGUGAAAUUUGAGGGCUACCUGUGUGUACUUUCUUAUCAACAGAUUUGACAUAUUAACACUUUCACAAUGGUUUAUAUAAUGCAAAAGACUGUUAGAAUAAUCCAACAAACAUUAGCCUCACAAGUUGGCAAAAUUGUGUUCUUUCAAUUCAAGGAAUUAAAAACGAAUCAUAUUUAUGCAGGUUUUUACUUUAAAACUUGGAGUACAUAAGUGUAUUUGGAGUUUAAAAAUCUUUUAAAUAGCUACUUUGAGAACGCUAAGAGGGGUCCCCUUCAAACUGGGAAUACUGAAGAGCAACUAAGAGAUCGCUGGGAAUGUUUCUCUGGAAUCGGGAAGCAAUAAUUGUAGUUCUGUGAUCAGAACACUGAAAAUGUGAACUGGAAACUUUGGGACACUGAGAAAGACUUCAAAUAAUUUUAGGGAGGGAGGAUCCUGGGAUCCAGCAGAAUUGGUGUUUUGGUGUAUUGAGAGUUGUUGGUGUAUGACACUAUUCAGUAAACAAGAUAUUUUUCCUUGAAACAUUUUAGGAUCAAAAAUUGUUUAUCACAGACUUUAAGUGAAACUUCAAUAUUAGUUAAAAGGGAUAUAGUUAGAAUAUCCUUUGUUGAGAACUAAACCUCAAUUAAAGAAAUACAAUUGUGGGUGCUGAUUAAUGAUUUCUGUGAGCAGUUCGUCAUCGAUCAUGAAGCAGAAUAUUGCAGUUGCUGAAAAACUGAAAUAAAAUGCUGGAAAAAUCUCUAGGUAGCAUUUGUGUAGCAAGAAAAUAGGUAACAUUUCAGGUGUAAUCUUAAAUCAGAAUUGAAAAAUGGUUGAUAUGUAGUGGGUUUUGACCUGGGGUGAGUAGUACAAGGAGGCUCUGUGAUAGAGUGAAAGACAGGAGAAAUUGACUAACACAUGAGUUAGUCCUCCAGGGCCAAAGGGUAAGAGCAGGACAUGGCACAGGUACAGCAAUCAAUGUUUGGCGGGGGGGAGCGGGGAAGAAAUACAUUGAGAGAGAGAGAAGCCUGAAAUAAUUCAACAUAUCGUCCAAAAGGGAAAGGCAUAUCUAGGACUACUUUUUGAAGCAAUUGAGUGCAAUUUACGAAUGAGAACAAGCUCAGCCAGACAGAUGGUGGUGGUAGCAGAUGGGAAGUGAUUGAUCCUCUUGAGAAGAGGUGGACACCCCUCUAGCUGUCAUGAUAUGUGGAAGAUACAGAGGGAUUGAACAUCCAUGAUGAAGAAGGGACAGAACCAGGAAAUUGAAACUUUUAAAGUGAUAGGGGGCAUCAGAAGAGUAAUAGGUGUACAUAGAGUAAGACUAGAUGAUGGGAGAAAAAUAGUCAAGAUAAAAAGAAAUUUGUUAAUUGGGGCAAGAACAGGCGGAAAUACAUCUUCAAGGGCAGUCCAGUAGAAGAAAUCUGUAUGGCGUUAGGGAAUGAUGAGGUGGGAAGCCACGGGUGCAAGAUCCACUCUAUCACCAUAGAACCUUACUGUGUAAAUAUAGGAGAUGUAAUACUUGCCUUUUUACUUUGUCUCUUCUUACCAACUAAGGUUCCACACAUUCCUACAUGAAAUACAAUUUAUGUGAACACCUUUCACACCAGUUUACUAUAUUCCCUGCUCACAGUGUAAUGUUCUCCAUACUGGGGAGAUCAAAUGCAGUUUGCGAGACUGCUUUCCUGAACACCUCCGUUCUGUUUGCAAAUGUGAUUAUAAAUUUCCAUUGUUCUGUCAUUUUAAUUCAUGCCUUUGCUUUUAUGCUGACAUUUCUGCCCUUGGUCUACUCUUCUAUUCCAUUGAAGCCCAACAUCAGCUUCAGAACCAGCCCCUCAUCUUUGGCUUAGACACUUUAUAGCCAUCUGGACUCAAAUUUCAGUUCAACAAUUUCAGAUCAUAAACUCUGACCCCAUUUUAUUUCCUUUCUUUCCUCAUUUGUGUUUUUAUAUCAGUCAGCAGCUUAUCUACUUGAAGCACAUCUUUUGUUUCCUUUCUUAUCCCAUCAUAUUCCCUUUGACCAUAGAGGACAACUCUUAUGUCGGUCAAUCUCUGUUGUCUUCCACCUGAUCAAAGAUUUGACUUUGUCCCACCCAGCCCUUGGUUAAGACUUAUUAUAUCUCGUAAGUUUGCUGAGUUCUGAUGAAAGGUCACAACUUUAGUUCUCUACACUGAUGCUGCUUAACCUUGAGAUAUUUCCCCAGAAUGUUGUUUUUAAUUUAUAAUAAUUGUGUUUAUUAACCAUGUUGGAGUUGCUGAAAUAAAACUUAGAGAACUCAAUCUCGUAAUCCUUUCAAAUCUGUUCUUGGGAAUAUGAUGACCUGCAAAAGUUCCAGCAGUUGAAGGGGCACAUUGUUUUCCUUCAAGUCGUGUUGAUCCAUAAUUUGUGCAAUGGGAAAUUGAAUAAACCGCAUAUGUUCAGCACACAUAGAUGUUUUGGAAAAGUCCAACUAUUAUCAGGUACAAUUAUCAUCUGGUUGAAACCAAGGGUUUUGAAACCUGCUAGUGUUUUGGAGUAAGCAUUUGAGUGCAAAUAAAGCUUGAAAUUUAAAACUACAUAA